AUGAUGGAGCUCCUAGAGGAAGAUCUCACCUGUCCCAUUUGCUGUAGCCUGUUUGAUGAUCCUCGUGUCCUGCCCUGCUCCCACAAUUUCUGCAGAAAGUGUCUGGAAGGAAUUCUUGAGGGAAAUGUGCGGAAUGUGCUUUGGAGACCGUCCCCUUUCAAGUGCCCCACGUGCAGGAAGGAAACUCCUGUUACCGGCGUCAACAGUUUGCAAGUCAACUAUUCCCUGAAAGGUAUCGUGGAGAAGUACAACAAAAUCAAAGUAACUCCGAAAAUGCCCGUGUGCAAAGUGCACAGCGGGCAACCCCUUAACAUUUUCUGCCGGACAGACAUGCAGCUGAUCUGUGGGGUUUGUGCCACCCGGGGUGACCAUACAAAGCAUGUUUUCUGUUCUAUUGAAGAAGCUUAUUCCCAGGAGAAGAGGGCCUUUGAAACCCUUUUUCAGGGCUUUGAAACGUGGCGUUGUGGAGAUGCCCUCUCGCGGCUGGAUACCUUAGAAACCAGUAAGAGGAAAGCUCUGCAGAUGCUGACCAAAGAUUCUGACAAAGUGAAAGAGUUCUUUGAGAAGCUGCAGCACACACUGGAGCAGAAGCGUAAUGAGAUUCUCUCUGACUUUGAGACCAUGAAGCUUGCAGUGAUGCAGGCCUACGACCCGGAAAUCAAUAAACUGAACACCAUUCUGCAGGAGCAGCGGAUGGCUUUUAACAUUGCAGAGGCCUUCAAAGACGUGUCUGAGCCCAUUAUAUUUCUGCAGCAGAUGCAGGAGUUCAGGGAAAAAAUCAAGGUGCUCAAAGAAACUCCUUUACCUUGUUCCAGUGUGGACAUCAGCCCUACAAUGAAGAGCUUUGAUACCAGCCAGUGGAAUGGCAUAAAGCUAGUUGAUGUGGACAAACUUUCCUUGCCUCAGGAAAACAACGCUCCUAAAUUCAAGAUUCCCUCAGUCUUUUCGCGCAGAUUUAUAGUGAAUUCUCUUAUUUGCUUGCUUAUUCUUGCUGUCACCAGGAUGUCCUUUGUAGAGUCAGUUGUUGACAAUCUCCAGUGCUGGAGAUCUCAAUUCUUUGCAAUUAACUUGUCCUAUUUGGCAGAUACAGUGGAGAUAGCAGAUCACGCAGUCUUUUACUGGGAACAGAUGACAGAUGGAGCUUCACUUCUAAGAGAAAAGUGUAAAAACUAUACAUUGGUUGUACUGGAUAAUGUUGCACAGUUUGUGUGCAAGUAUAAACUGUUGUGA